CUAGGUAACGGCAAAAUCUGGAACGGUGUACGAACAGAUUUGCCUCCGAGAGUUAGGAUAUAAACCUGUGUUGCUUGUUCUUUGACAGGGAGAAUGAACCAGAAAUAUACGAAGGGCGAGUGGCCCUCGAGUUCAUGUCGUUCGUAAGGCCUAUUCAAAGACAAAAUGUUGGAUAAAUGCAAGAUAAACUUCGCCCAGAGUGCAUGAAAACAUUUGAUGGUGUAGGAAGAGUCCCAGCCGCCACAUGUAUUCGCCACACCCAAAUAUGGCCUUUCCAGAGAACCGGAUGAAAUAUCGAAAGAAGAAAAUGAAGAACGGUGCCGCUAGUUUGCUCGUAUGGUCAACCAGAAGCCUGAGUAGAGUUGCGAUGCAUGGAUCUUUCCCACUUGUAUGGCCUCGAAGCACUUGCUCACAGUUGUCCGUACGCUUGCUUUCAUGUUAAUGUCCGGCAGCAACUGAUGGUGCCAACCGGUGCCGCCACAGGAAGUCCCAGAGGACAGGUCCCCGGCCCGGAUACCGACGGCGGGAGAAGCCAAGUUAACGGGUGGGUAAGAGACCGGCUUGUGUUUCUGCAGGUCAUACGUGAAGUGUUUCUGCGCAUCCUCUAUGUGCAAAGGCCUACUGUUUUAUGUAAGAAUCAGACGAGGAGCAGGCAAGUCAAAUGUGGCGAAUGUACAGGGCACAUAUGGGGCUGGAACAUGUCUUGUAUGAACGACACUCUCAUGAAUCGUCGUCUGCAUUCUCCAUUGAAUCGGUCGGUCAUUUAUGACGAGCCACAAGGACUCGAGGCCACUCUUCCUCCGUGGCGAAUCUUGAAAAGCGAAAGAUCAGUACAGUCAUACAAAGUUCGAAUGCCGCCGAUAGCAAGCGGUGGUAGAGACUCAGAAGCGACACGAAAUGGUCGCAAUUGAAGACUCCGGCGUGGUGAAGUGGAUGCAACGACGGCGACGAAAGACAGACUAGAGACCGCCCGUCCGACGUACGUCAACGGAGACAGUGAUGCUAACGCAUACAUCGAGUAGGAAGGACAAAAGAGCAAAACUGGGAGAGGAUGAG